GCCACUUAUGUAUUAGCUAGGAUUGUCCUCAACUCGACUAAUUUCAUAUCAUGUUACAUAAAUAUAUCAAAAAAAUGAACUGUUGAUCACCCCUUGAUGCAGAUACGGUCAUAGUUCCAGUGGACUCCGGUGAGACCAAUCUCCUCCGAAUCAUUAACUCUGCACUAAACCAACAGCUUUUCUUCACAAUUGCCAACCACAAGCUCACUGUUGUUGGAGCCGAUGCUUCCUAUGUUAAACCCUUCACCACAUCAGUCCUCAUGCUCGGACCAGGGCAAACCACCGAUGUCCUAAUCACUGCAGAUCAGCAACCAGCUCGAUACUACAUGGCAGCACGUGCCUAUGCCAGUGCCCAAGGCGCACCUUUUGACAACACUACCACCACAGCUAUCCUUGAGUACGAGGCUGCAAAGAAUGUCUCAACAUCACCUGCUCUCCCAUCUCUUCCUGUAUUUAACGACACAGCCACUGCCACAGCCUUCACAACCAGCUUCAGAAGCCCCAAAAAAGUCCCAGUUCCCACUGAUAUUGACGAAAGCCUUGUCUUCACAGUUGGCCUAGGAAUCAAUAAGUGCCCCACAGGUGCCAGUGCCCAAAACUGUCAGGGUCCAAAUGGAACUCGCUUCACCGCCAGUAUCAAUAAUGUAUCUUUUGUGCUCCCCUCCAACUUCUCCUUGCUGCAAGCCCAUAAGCAAGGGAUUCCUGGGGUUUUCAGUACUGAUUUUCCAGCAGCUCCACCAGUAAAAUUUGAUUACACUGGUAAUGUGAGCCGUUCACUCUGGCAACCUGUUCCGGCGACUAAGGUAUACAAAUUGAACUAUGGGGCAAGAGUGCAAGUAGUGUUACAGGGAACUCGUAUCUUCACGGCUGAGAAUCACCCAAUACACCUUCAUGGAUAUGAUUUCUACAUCAUUGCAGAGGGUUUUGGAAACUUCAAUCCUCAAACUGAUUCAUCCAAAUUCAACCUUGUGGAUCCACCUCUUAGGAAUACAGCUAGUGUACCUGUUGGCGGAUGGGCAGUCAUUAGGUUUGUUGCUGAUAAUCCAGGAAUUUGGCUUAUGCAUUGUCAUUUGGAUGUUCACAUCACCUGGGGACUGGCCAUGGCUUUCCUUGUAGAGAAUGGAGUUGGAGAAUUGGAAGCGUUAGAGCCUCCUCCGGCAGAUCUGCCUGUGUGUUGACAUCAUCAGCGACAGUACUCCCCUGAGAUUAAAUUAGGGGUCAUAAUUUUUCCGGUCUUGGAUAUGAGUUCAGUUUUUGUUUCUCCCCGCAUCAGGGGCUAGUUCCUUUUUUUUUUCCAUUAUUUCCACUUUAUAUAUAAAUAGGGUCGAGAAGUCAUAGUGCCAACCUUGC